ACUCCAUAGAAUUGGGAUGGGAAGACAAUCACGCCCAUCCAUUCUCUUACCUCCAAUUCUCUCCUUCCUUAUUGUCUCUCUCCCUUCUAACUAUUGCCAUGCUAAAGGUGGACCAUGUCUACCAUGAUGGAGUCCCCCCUAACGCAGCAAAGUAGACCUGAAACUUUCAAGCCUAAAAUCGUCCAACUAUACGAAAACUUGUUUCAAAAUUCAGACUUUGCAGAGCCUUCAGAAGGGUUCUGGAGGGAAUUCUUUUUGUUGCCGCCUGAUCGGGCUCGGCUUCGUUCUGUUCUAGAUAGUCUCGGUCCAGACGAGACGCUCAAUUUGCAGUUUCAAACGCAGCAACUCUUUGCUCGAGGAAUCCGUGAGGCUGCCUCCAGUUCCAGUCCUAUAGAUUCUUAUGCGUUGGAGACCUUGACGGUCUUUCUAGUCUGUGUUUUGAAAAAAAAGUACACCAAUCCGAGUUCCGAUGUUAUUACGGUCCUAGCCGGCCUUGACAAUGUCGAUCAAGUAAUUUCCAAUUUCGUCGCUGUUUUGGAUAGUAUAAUCCGUAGUGGCAGCAGUUUUGAUAUUCGAUUCAAAGCAAUUCAGACCGCGAUUGCGAUGACUAGUGGUGCAUACAAAACGAGCUUGGUCUCCUACUUUACUCAUCGUGAUUUAUUCCCCUCAAUUAUGAAGCUUGUGCAUGAAUCAGAGUCGUCAAUGCAAGUGUUCGAGCCCUUUGUUCUCCUAGGGUUGCUGGCGAACUACAAUAAAUUCGAAUUCCAAAAUCCAUAUCAAUUACGUCUUGAUGAUUUUGUUAAUGAGACGAGUAUUCAAAAAAUCGUCAAAGGUGUCGGUUUUUCAUGUGCCGCUUUGAGGAACGGCUAUGUAGUUGUGCAAGACGACUCCCCCGAGGGCUGGUCCCUGAUCGGAACCCUGAUUUAUUUCGGAUUGGGAGUGCUGGCCCCAAGUAAAAGGGAACGAGCAAGCCCUCCCAAUGCCGAGGAGGCAAAGGAAAUGUUUGCAGCUCUCCCAGCUCAACAAGCAGCCAUUCUUUUGGCCACUUACGACUUCACUAAUGCAAAUAAGCUUUUUGGAUACCAUCUGAUUAAUGCCGCACCCGAGAAGGAUAAUGAAGAGUCUCCAUUCUCGAGCUUCCUUUCCUUGACCUCCUAUCUUCUGCAGCACGCAUAUCGAUCCCCAAGAGUUGCCCACUACGCCGAACUCAACCUUCUCACUCUUCGCAUCCUUUCAGAGGACUCGACCUCCUGCAAGCAACUCUGCAGUGAAGACAGUAAGAGAAAGGUUCGGCUGUGUAGACAACGACAGCCAUACCUGCCCCUUGUGACUGGCGACAGAGUCCUCGCAACAGUCAUCUUGGACCUGCUCAUCGAUGCAAUAUCACACAAUCUUCGACGCCGUCUUGACGUCCAGCUUUACAGCCACACGAUCGCAAUCCUGCUCCGCAUCCUUACAUACCUAUCCAUGAACAGAAUUCGAUUAACGUACCACUGGUCUGAGCUUUGGCGCACUCUCCUUUCCCUAAUGAGAUUUCUGACCACCUACGUAUCCGAUCUCUCCAACAACCAAUACAUCACCACCCUAACAACAUCCCUUGUGGACCUUGUCGCAUUCUGCGUUUCUGCAGGUGAUACCUUCCUGCCCGAUCCAACCUCCUAUGAUGACCUAUUCUACAAGUUGGUCGAAACAGGCCCCAUAAUCACCAAGUUCCGCGAUGUCUACUCCCUCAAGCCCUCUGCUUCUGCUGCCUCCUCGGUUUCGAAAAUCACAGACGCCAACAAAGACAUCCAUGUUGCCGCCGUUGAAACUCUCAUCUCCGUCUCCACACAUUUCUAUACACUGUUAUUCAACCCAGGUAGGAACGCUGACGCUAAAGUUGAUAGUGAUGGGUCCAGUCCAGCUCCUAUCCCAGCAGCCCAGAAGAAGAACCUCAGUCCACGCGAGGUACACCAUAUCAUCAAACAGGGAUAUGACACUUUGCGCAUUCAACCUCCUGAAGGCUUAAGCGCGUGGACCAGAUACCGUGAGACGGAUUGGAAAACGGAGUUGAAGAGAGGUGCAAGGUGUGCGGUAGACGAUGCCAAACAGCUGCUUAUAUAGCCAUUAUCUAUCUAUAUGUUCUUCUCCCUGAUUUCUAGUCUUUUUUCAGCUCUUUGCUUCUCUUCCGCCACCACACGAAUUCUUUUCGUAGACGGAAUUAUUGGCCAAACUCUAUAUAAUUCUCUGAUGUAAAUGUCGUGAUUAUUUUGAUUGGAUGGAACUCGAUGAUAGAAUGUUUAAAUAUUCUCAUUUUUUUUUUUGUAUCCUUUUUCUUUUU